GAGGAGGUGGAGGAGGAGGAAGAGCUGAAGUACGGCGCCGCUCACGUGAUCAUGCUCUUCAAGCCCGUCACCAUCUGCAUGCUCGUCGUCAUAGCGACGAUCAGCAGCGUGACGUACUACACGGAGAAGACCGGCUACCUGAUCUACACGCCGUUCCACGAGGAGACGGACGACCCCGGCUCGAAGGCGUGGCAGUCGAUCGCCAACGCGCUCAUCUUCAUGGGCUUCAUCGUCGUCAUGACGAUGGUGCUCAUCGCGCUGUACAAGUACCGCUGCUACCGCGUCAUCCACGGCUGGCUGAUCCUCUCCUCGCUGCUCCUGCUCUUCCUCUUCUCCUACAUCUACCUCGGCGAGGUCCUCGUCGCCUACAACGUCCCGAUGGACUACUUCACCGUCGGCUUUGUCAUGUGGAACUUCGGCGUCGUCGGCAUGGUCUGCAUCCACUGGAAGGGUCCGCUGAAGCUGCAGCAGGCCUACCUGAUCGUCGUCAGCGCGCUCAUGGCGCUCAUCUUCAUCAAGUUCCUGCCCGACUGGACGACGUGGGUUCUCCUCGGCGUCAUCUCCGUCUGGGACCUCGUCGCCGUGCUCUGCCCGAAGGGUCCGCUGCGCGUGCUCGUCGAGACGGCGCAGGAGCGCAACGAGCCGCUCUUCCCCGCUCUCAUCUACUCGUCGGCGAUGAUGUGGGGCGUGACGAUGGCGGACGACGUGCCGCGCUGCGACGGCGGCGACGCCGGCGGGUUCUCCGAGCGGUGGGAGGGCGAGGCGGAGGCGCGGCGCGGCGAGAGGGAGCGUCGGCGGCAGGAGCGGCUGAGCAGCAGCGGCAGCUCAGGGCAGCAGGCGCGCAACGCGGUACGGGUGCUUAACGCGACGCAGGUAGAGGCUGAUUCUGCUGCUGCUUAUACGUGCUCUUCUGUGUUUGUGCACGUGUAG